UUGGCUACAAAUGUCUUCAAGACCGAGAUAUAGCCAGAAUAAUUGUUGACAUGCUACGAGCUAGCAUUGAAAAACCAAUACCAGCGAACAGUAAUGAUUUGUUAAGAAGAUUCCAAGAAAAGACUGACGACACAACCAGCUCGAGUCUCCUCGCAGCGUUAGACCGUAACUUCAUAAAUACUCACUACCACGAGGAGUGCAGCGACCUGGUGAAAAAGCCGGUGGUGACGCGCCGCUCCGCCGCCGGGACCCUCGAGAUGUCGCCACAAAACGAAGAGUUCUAUAGAGACAAAGUCUGGCCUCUCGGCAUCGUCAUGUACUCGUUCGAUGACAGAAUUGAGCGCUCCGAGAGGUUGCAGAUCCAGCAAGCGAUGAGGACCAUCGAGCUGUCCAGUUGUAUCGUCUUCAAGAUGAUUCCAACGCAGAGUGUGCUUAAGCCCAAGAACUUCCUGUGGUUUACACCCGAAGAAGUGGACGAUCAUAUGCCACUUGGCUUCACGGGAGGCAAUGUGACGGUGUCAAUAAUCUCGCCGCGUCUCCAUCGUAUCAACCAGACCAGGAUGCGGGAUCAAUACGAUUUAAUCAUAGAAUAUCUGAAGAUCUUUGGAUGGCCAAUGAUGUCUAACCGGUUCGAUCGUGACAACUACGUCACUAUCAACUGGAAGAACGUUAUGAAGACUAAGGAGCACUACUUAGAGAGAAUGCCAGAGGAUGCGUGGCUACUGAACUCGGAGGGCGAGGGCGCGCCGUACGACUUCGACAGCAUCACGCACGCGCCCGUCGACUACAUGUGUGCCGACUGCUCGCUGGGACAGCAAACUGUUCAGCCGCUUCACGAUCAUCUGUGGCAGAAAACUCUUACUAUGGGGCGGCGCAAGGUACUGAGCGCGGGAGACAUCGAGGCCCUGUCCUUACUGUAUGACAAGCAGUGCCGCGCCAGAAUCGCUGGUGACGACAACAAAUAAACUAACUUUAUUUAUA